AGCCGUACCCUGGGGAAGCGGAUGCAUCGUUCGCUGCAUCUUGGCAGGUACGCACUGUGCAGACUAGACGGGAUCUGCAAGGCGGUGUUGAACAUUUGGGAAGCGUACCAUGGAUGUUGCUGGCAGGGCUCAGGGGAGCACGUCCAGUCGUCGACGGUAUAAGGAUGUCAGUUUCUGCUAGGAGUGGGACUUGAUUGCAACUUCACCUGUCAUUCCUCACUUCAAAAGACAGGACAGAGCAAUUCCAUACACUCUUUUUCACCAUGGCGAGCCGCAAUAUCGGGGUUUCAUUGAUGGACGUUCCCACCAUUUGCUUCGGCUUCACACUCGGCUUCGCGACUCUCACAAUCUCCAAAGCGGCGAAGCAGACCCUCUCGGUUAUGCGCAGGAAAAACAACAAAUUCAGCCCCUACAUCUUCAUGAUUUGGAUCGAGAUAGUCGUGUGCCUCGCCAUGGCCAUCAUGAGCUGGCUCUGGAUCCGCGGCGACCUACCCUCCACACUCUGGUACUUCUUCAUCCAAGUCACGCUCUGGUCGAUCCAGCUGCAACUCCUCCUCCAAAUCAUCGCGAACCGCAUCUCCCUGAUCCUGCCCUCCCGCAGUGACGGCCGGCGCCUGCGUCUCGCCCUCUUCCUCGGCAUCCUGCUGAUAAACAUCAGCGUGUACUGUAUCUGGAUUCCCGCACGCCUGAACGUGUCGCCGACAUGGGUCAAGCUCAACGAGGUAUGGGACCGCGUCGAGAAAGUGAUAUACCUCAUUGUUGACGCCGGACUCAACGCAUACUUCCUGUACCUCGUGAAAGUGCGUCUCGUGGACGCCGGGUUAAAGAAGUACGAGGAGCUGUGGCGCUUCAACGUAGGCAUCAGCAGUAUCAGCAUCAGCAUGGAUCUUCUCAUCAUCGGGAUGAUGAGUUUGCCGAACGACCUGGUAUAUGUCCAAUUCCACCCCCUGAGUUACAUUGUGAAAUUGAACAUUGAGCUCUGCAUGUCCGACCUCAUCUCAAAGGUCGUCCGCAAGCGCGACCGCACCGACAAACCCCACGAGCACGACUCCUCGUCCAAUCCCUCCCAGGGCACCGAACUCCCCUCCACAACCACGAAAACCGGCACCUUUGGCGGCACCACGUUCACGAGAUCCAAAUUAGGGCACACUGGCAGCAAAGAUAAAGAUGCAAAAUCGCAGACUGUGAGUAACGUCCGAGAAGACAGUUCCGGGCCCAACGGAGAGGGAAAAGAGGACGCAGAGAGCUCGGGAGAUAGCAUUCAUUCAAGCAGCAGUAGUGACAGCGGGAUCAAUUUCCGCGUGUCGGGCGAUGCGAAUGCGAGCGGGAUCGUGAGGGAGGUGACGGUGCAGAUCGAGGUGGAUAGUGUGAGGGAGGGAGAUGAUGAGCAGAGGAGUACGAAGAGUACGACGAUACUGAGGGGCGGGGGGUGGUGAGGCUAGCUUUCCGCAGAAGAGGGGGUGGACGUGGGGAUGGAGAGAAAGGGGAGGCCGAGAGCAGAAGAGCACAUGAUGCCCAGCGCAAAUACACGAAUACAAUACACAGAUAAUACAAAGC